CCAAGCUCAACCUAGCAGAGUUGCUCAUCGGCUGUUUAGCAGCUAGCUACCUCUCCGUGUUCGUUUGCACGGUGAACCAAACAGCAGUGUUAAAUAAUCGACGUCUUCUAGGAUUAUGUCGGCAAGUGACAACGACUCAGUUGAUUUGACGAGAACAGGCUCCCCAGUUCAUCACAGAAAAAAGCACAGCAUGGAAGCGUCUAGAUCUCCAAGAAGCUCUAAACACCACCAUUCACGAUCAAGGUCACGCUCCAGGGACAGAAAACGUGAUAGAAAAUACAGACGGAGUCGCAGUAGGAGUAAAGAGGCACGAAAGAGGGACUCUGAGAAGCCAGCAAAGUCGCACAGAAAAACAGACGAGCAGCAAGAUCCAGAGAGACUCUCAGCUGAGAAUGGAGAGGAGCGAUCCAGGCGUAAAGACAAAAAACCCUCCAAAGGUCGCAGCACGUCAAGGUCACACUCCAGAGAGAGGCGUCAUCACAGCAGAAGCAGAGACAAACGACGAUCAAGAUCACGGAGCCGGGACAGGAAGAAGAAGGCUCGGUCUCGCUCAGGUUCAAGGCCCAAACACCGUCAUCAUAGCAGGAGUCGCAGUAAGAGCAGGGAGCGAAAGAAAAGGAGUGAGAAAGUGCGCAAAAGGAGCCGCAGCAGGUCUGUUAGUCCACCUGCAUUCAGAGGAAGGAACACAGCAAUGGAUGCACAAGAGGCCCUGGCCAGAAGGCUGGAAAGAGCCAAGAAACUUCAGGAGCAGAAGGAAAAAGAAAUGUUUGAGAAACAGCAGCAGCAACAACAGGAGAUCGCUGCAGUGACUGCACCUAUCGCAGCAGCUGCAGCAGCAGCAGCAACUGCCUCAAACCCCGGUCUCAACGUUGCAGCGUUGCUGGCUUCUGGGACGCAGGUCACGCCUCAGAUUGCUAUGGCAGCACAGAUGGCCGCCCUUCAAGCAAAAACACUGGCAGAGACAGGGAUUGCUGUGCCCAGCUACUAUAACCCUUCAUCCGUAAAUCCCAUGAAGUUUGCAGAACAGGAGAAGAAGAGGAAAUUGUUAUGGCAGGGAAAGAAAGAUGGGGACAAGUCCCAGACAGCUGAGUUGUGGGAGAAGCUAAACUUUGGAAACAAGGACCAAAAUGUUAAAUUUCGCAAACUAAUGGGUAUUAAAAAUGAUGAAGCCGAAACUUCCAAACCAAUAAACGAUGAGGGCAUGAAGACUUUGGAGAAGCAGGAAGAGAUGUUUAGGAACCUUGACGUUCAGUAUGAGAUGGCUCGCUCGCAGACACACACCCAGAGGGGAAUGGGCCUCGGCUUCUCCUCGUCGUUCUCACGUGGGAUGGAUUCUGUCUAGAGCUGAACAUCUGCUGUGCUUGCCACUCAUCUGAUCAUAAAGGACCAUGAACUCAUCGCUAGCCUUCAAGCUUGCAUGGAUGUUGCUCUGAAGCUGCAAUUUAUUUAUAGGCAAACAUCUCACAUGUUGGAACAUUUUCAUGUAAAUAGCCAGAUGCUGAGUUUGUCUCAGUGAUUGUGAAUCUGUACAUCUUUGAAAAGGAUGCAUCAGUUGGACUGGUUGAUGCCGGUUACACUUAGGUAUUUGUUUGAAUAAUGUGGUAGCUUUUUUUAAACUCAGAUAUGUUAAAAUGUGAUUGUUUGAAAAUAGAUUGAAUAUAAUGUGGUUUAAGUGAUCAAUGUUUACAUCCAUUUAAAGAAGGUAUUUCGAGUCAGUUUAGAAAUAUCUGAACCCCACAGGUUUAUAUGUCCUUGUAAGGAGAAACACGAAGGCGAUUUAUGAGGAAGAUUGCCUUUAGGAUUGCCACUGACAAAGAUGUGUUGGAGAGGAGAAAACACAUUUCAGAUGUUAAAAUAAAUUAGUUUUGUGUUGGAAAAAGCUUUUCUACAUCUCCUUCCUCAAUUUUUGUUUGUGUGGCAUCUGUAUCUAUUUUUUUACUUUAAGUAAAUCUUGUAAGGGCUAAUGGUGAGGAUUUAAGCAACAAAAGACAAGUUGAACUCUAUUCCAGCAUAGUAAAGUUGUGGAUAUUUUCCAGACUUUUGAAACAAUAUGUUUCUAAAUGACACAAUAACUGUUAUUUUAAUGACCCUUUGUAUUGGAAAGUACUGCUUCUAGAAGAAAAGUAAUUUUCAAAGUUUGUUUUUAACCUUAAGCUGCCACGAGAGAAAGCCAGAGCAGUGGUAGACCAUUAAAUUCAAAGAUUA